AUCCUUCUCCUUCCUCCACCGAGGGCGGUCGGUUCUGACGACUCCCUCCCCCCGCUCCGCAAUUCCUCUUACCAACGAGCAAGGCAGCCAAGAUGGAUAUUGUGAAUCAGUUGGUUGCGGGCGGACAGUUCAGAGUCCUCAAAGUUCCCCUGGGCUUCAUCAAAGCUCUAGAAUGGAUCUUUGCCAUCUUUGCAUUCUCAACAUGUGGGAGUUACUCCGGGAUGUUCAAGAUGAGUGUGCUGUGUAAAAACAGGACAGAGAGCGACCUGAGUAUAGGGGUGGAAUUUGAGUAUCCUUUCAGGCUUCACCAAGUAUACUUUGAUGCCCCGACCUGCAAGGGGGGUCCACCCGAGCGUCUCUUCCUGGUUGGUGACUACUCUUCCUCAGCAGAGUUCUUCGUCACCAUUGGUGUGUUUUCCUUCCUCUACUCCAUGGCUGCGCUCAGCGUCUACGUCUUCGCCCUGGAGAAGUACCGGGAGAACAACAAGGGACCACUCAUCGAUUUUGGCGUGACGUGUGUGUUCACCUUCAUGUGGUUGGUCAGCUCCGCUGCGUGGGCUAAGGGCCUGUCGGAUGUCAAGGCGUCCACGGACCCUGAGAAGGUGGUGGAUCUGAUCUCAGCCUGCGACGAGGAAGGGAACCUCUGUCGCGAAGUUCACGACCCCGUCAUGUCUGGACUCAACACCUCCGUCUGUUUUGGCUUCAUGAACCUGGUGCUGUGGGGAGGAAACCUGUGGUUCGUCUUUAAGGAGACCGGCAUCAUCGCCCCCUUCAUGCGCGCCCCUCCUCCCCAGGAGAAGCAGCCCGCCCCAGACUCGUACGGCCAGCAGGCGGGGUACGAGCAGGACCCUUACGCCAGCUCCCAGGGGGACUACAAGCCAGAAUACAACCAGCAGCAGCAGGGCUACAACCAGGAGGGCGGAGAGUAUGGCCACACCCCCACCUCCUUCGCCAAUCAGAUGUGAGGGGGAGGAGGAAAUAGGGAGUGUGGAGGCGGUUGACGGCUGGCGAGUCACAUUAUGAUAUUGUUUUUACAUGGUUAUUGUAUUAUAAUUAUUUUACUUUAAUAUAUUUUAUUAGACAUCCUUACUGUUAUUAUGAGGAAUUAUUAUGACAUGUUAUGAAGAAUAUUUUAUAUUUAUUUUAUAUAUUAUAUUAUUAUAUAUUCAUAUAUAUAUAUAUAUAUUGAUUUAUUUUUUUACUUUAAACUCAGUUUAUUUUGUUUUAAUUUAAAGCUUUAGCAAUUAAACUCACACAGAAUGAGUUUAUUAUCGCAUAAUAAAUAUAUACUGUAUGUGAACCUAAAUAGGAUUCUCCGUUAUUUCGUUUUGUUCACUACCUCCACGUGUUCAGUUCCACUCAGUCAGGAGCAACAGGAUGAUCAGAAUUAAGUCUUAGUGCCCUCAAAUUCACAAUCUGGAUCCAAUCCAAGCCAGUGCCACUGCUUUUCUCUCUCUCCCAUUGUUCCCCUGUAAUCAGACACUGAUUUAGACCUGGGAUUAGUUAUCAGGUAGAACAGUACAGCUGGAAACUACAGUACCCACAAUGCCACACUCCUUCCUGUGUGUCUGUUUGCACAGCGGACCUCUUUGGGUCAGAUUUAAAACACCCCUCUCUCUUAAUGUUUCCUGUCUUCUUUUCCUCUCCACAGAGAGUCAGAGUCAGCAGAGUGACGGGGGGGAGGAGUGUGGUGCCUGGAAACUACAGUACCCAUAAUGCCGCACUCCUUCCUGUGUGUCUGUUUGCGGAUCUAUCUGUGUGCUGAGUAAAUGGGGGACGGGGGAGAGUUACCUAAACAUAAAGAAGUAAGGGAAGAGGGAGGGAUUAGAUGUUAGUUAUUGUGGUGAGAGAAAAAAAGAGAGCACAUAUGAAUAUAAACUUGAAGAUAGUACCAUAUGGAAAAUGUUAUUAUAAAACAAACAUCUAUUUAAAAAUGGAUUAUAAUGUUGACAAUAGAAAUAUUAGAUUGUUGAGAGAAUUUAUAUGUAUGUGCUGUAUAGAUAUCACUAUGAACAACUAUAUAGACAAACGUUUUGUAAUGUUAUGUAUGGAACUAUUCUAAUGUUCAGAUUCAGAUUCUGAGUUUAGUAAAUAAAUCAUUUGUAAACACUAAUUCUGCCAAACACUGAUUCCUCCUCCGUGCAACAAUAUGUACUUAAAAAAAAAAUGUUUUGAUAUAAUUGUAUUUUAUUCAUCUGCUUGUUCUGUUGUGUUCUCUCUUUGGUUUUGUACGUCGGUUGGAUUUACAGAAUAUCAAGGCAGUUUCAUUAUGUAGGCUAUCUCUCACUCUAUCUCUCACUCUAUCUCUCACUCUAUCACUCACUCUAUCACUCACUCUAUCUCUCACUCUAUCUCUCACUCUAUCUCUCACUCUAUCUCUCACUCUAUCUCUCACUCUAUCUCUCACUCUAUCUCUCACUCUAUCUCUCACUCUAUCACUCACUCUAUCUCUCACUCUAUCUCUCACUCUAUCUCUCACUCUAUCACUCACUCUAUCUCU